CAACAACAGUGUUUUUGCAUGUGUGUUGAUGAUUAUGACCCUGGGAUUUCAUUGAUAUUAUUUUUCUAGGCUAUUUGUCAUUUCAAUAGCUUUCGAGCGAGUAGAAUUUCCAAUGGAAGCAACAGUAGAAGAAAGUAAUACUGAUACUUAUGUUGCAAGUGAAUUGGGCAUCGAUUCAGUCCAAUCUUCUGAUGUUCUACCUCAUUUGCGUUCUAAUAAUUCUGCCAAUGGCCUAGGCCGCGGUGAACCUGGAGAAAGUUUUACUCGACAAGAAAGAAGUUGUGUUUCAAAAGAGCUUCACACAGCCGAUAAACCAAGUUACAUUGAAAGUGAUGAGGAUUCUGAUGAUUUUGAGGAGACAAAGUUAACCAAUAAACUAGAGCAAUCAGCAUACAAUAAAAGUAAAUUAGAACUAUUUGAACACAAUGUAAAAGAAUGGUAUGAAAGAACUGGGGUUACAGCAGUAACUAUCACCUUUUUUGAAGGCUACAUCCGUGUUGUAGCCCCAGAUCACAUGGAUGAGCUGAAGCGAAACCCAUUAUUUAAAGAAUUCUUUCUCAAAGCACUCCUGCAAACUUCUUCAUCGAAAAACGAUAAUAAAAUGGCCGUUGUUUCAAAGGAACCCGAGGCUGAUUCGGACCUUGACGUACCCGUGUCGUGUGAUAAAUGCGACAAAUCGUUUAGCAGGCAGAGUCAACUUCGCAACCACCAACUCUUGAUGCAUUUACCAAAAGAAAACAGCGGACAUCGAUGCGAGAAAUGUGGCAAGAUUUUCCAAGCAGCUGCAUUCUUACAAUCGCAUCUUUGCAACAGAACUGGACAGAGGAAGCAUCAGUGCACUAUAUGUGGAACGCGUUUCACAAGCCGCAGUUCGCUGAAAAUGCAUCUCAGGGGACACAACGAUGAAAAACCGUUUAAAUGCCAGACCUGCGGGAAAGGGUUUCCAAGAAAGUCAAGUCUGAAGUACCACCUGACAAAACAUACUGGGGAGAAGGAUUACCAGUGCAGUGUGUGUGGAAAAGAAUUCGCUCUCUUGAGUAAUUUGAAAGAUCACGAGAGGAUCCAUAGUGGCGAGAAGCCCUUUUCAUGUCAAGAAUGUGGGAAGUCUUUCACGGUGUCCUCAACCCUGCGGAGGCAUCUCCUUGUACAUAGUGGCGAGAAGCCCUUCCACUGCGAAGUCUGCCAUAGCCGGUUCACAAGAAUGAUACAUCUGCAGUCGCACAUGCGCGUUCAUAGUGGCGAAAAGCCUUAUCAAUGUAAUGAAUGUAAUAAGAGUUUCACCCAAUCAUCGCAUUUGAAGCGCCACAAAAAGAUACAUGAACGAGACAGAAGUCAAGUCUGCAUUAAAUGUGGUCAGGAACUCAAAUUAAAAGAUAAGAACAAGCAUACAUGCCCACCCCAAAACCCUGCGAAUCCCCUACGACAGUUAACUUUUCCUUACAAUUUUGCUCAAGCUUAGUUUCUCAAUUAUGAGUUUGUUAAGAACCACACCCGUUUCACCGUUUCAAGGUAUUUGCUAAUAAUGAUAUUUCCCAGAACUAUGUUAAAAUGACAUUGAAAAUAUGCCAACAAAUAAGUAAGAAUGUUGUUAUUGGACAUUUAUGUAUCAGUGGCAUCUUCGCCAGGGGACCAGAAGAAACCACUACCUGGCAACCCCUCGGUUCUACGUUUAGCCGGAUAUGUUAAAACUUGGUGUGAUGAAAUGUCCUGCAUAUUACGCCAAUAACAACAAUCUUCUGUGUCAUACUUGUGCGAAAGUUCGUUGUAAAAUUGGUCCCGCUGCCUCCUUUUGAAAUGGAACACCUUGACCCCCUGUCGUCAUUUUUAAGUUGUAUCCUGCCCAGUAGUUCGUGAAUUUUUGUAUAUAUUUGUUUUCCCCUUUUUCCUGAUACUAAACUGCUGUUAUGUCUCCAAAGAGAAAUUGAAGAAGUCUUGGACAUUUGAAUAUUUGCUCUGAUUUGACAGUCUUGAAAAAUAAGGAAACAGCGAAAAUGGUAGUCAUAGAACAUUGUUUUCUUUUUUCUACUCUCACUUUCUUCUUUCCAAUAGGUAAGCAGCACUCAUUGGGCAACAUUAACAGUCGUGCUCGCUUGUAUGACUGGCCUAUAUCGAUCCUGGGUAUAUAUGUAUUCCAUAGCAUUGAGUUUUAGAUCGAUGUUUUGACGUUUUUUCGCAGUGCGGAUGAAAUUUUCAAAAUAGACGCAGAAUUAAACAGAUAAUUUUAAGAACACUCUUGAAGCCUAGCCCUUUUGUGAAGAUCGAUACAGGACAAGACAGUUGCGCUUCAACCCGAUAUAAUGAUUGUAAAUUGAACUCGUUUGGCAACAAAAAGCUCUAUGAUGGUAAGCACAAAAUAAAUCCCUUAAAACCAUACUGUGACGUAUUAUCAAGGAAAGACCUACCAGGGAGCGGAAGAUGCGACACCCCUGUCCCUAGUUUUUGUGUCUUUCGGUUAAUUUAGCUUUGAUUCAGUAAAAAAUUUUGGUAGUCAGUAUUAAUUUAACGACGCAGAGCUUUA